CUUCUUUUCCACACUUUUGACUAUCGCCUGCUCUUUGAUCCUUUUUCUUCUCAAAAAACACGAUCAAUGAUCCGUACAACUCUCUCUUAUCGAGUCCUCUAUUUCCAAUAAUCACCAAAUUACCCCACAAGUUUUCGAUUGGAUCAAUUUAGUGUUUGAUCUUUAGCUGUUCUGAUCAGUUUAUUAGUGGAAAUGAAGAUAGUGGAUUUGGAUGAGUCGUUAAUGGAAAGUGAUGGCAAUUGUGUAAAUACUGAGAAACGGUUGAUUGUUGUUGGUGUUGAUGCUAAAAGAGCGUUGGUCGGAGCCGGGGCUCGGAUCCUUUUUUACCCGACCCUUUUAUACAAUGUUUUCCGCAACAAAAUUCAAUCGGAGUUCAGAUGGUGGGAUCAAAUUGAUCAGUUUCUCCUCCUUGGAGCAGUUCCAUUUCCCUCGGAUGUCCCUCGGUUGAAGCAGCUUGGCGUUGGUGGUGUAAUAACACUGAAUGAACCUUAUGAAACUUUGGUACCAUCAUCAUUGUACCAUGCCCAUGGGAUAGACCAUCUCGUUAUUCCUACCAGAGAUUAUCUUUUUGCACCCUCUUUCGUGGAUAUAAAUCGAGCAGUAGAUUUUAUUCACAGGAAUGCGUCCAUUGGCCAGACUACGUAUGUACAUUGCAAAGCCGGAAGGGGAAGGAGCACAACCGUUGUGCUUUGCUAUUUGGUGGAAUAUAAGCACAUGACUCCUCGUGCUGCCCUUGAAUUCGUCCGCUCCAGAAGACCUCGAGUUUUAUUGGCUCCUUCUCAAUGGAAGGCUGUUCAAGAAUUCAAGCAGCAAAGAGUGGCAUCUUCUGCGCUCUCUGGUGAUGCUGUAUUGAUCACUAAAGCAGAUCUCGAAGGCUAUCAUAGUUCUUCUGAUGAUAGUCGCGGUAAGGAACUGGCCCUUGUGCCUCGAAUAGCAAGAACACAGCCGAUGAUAGCUAGAUUAUCCUGCCUCUUUGCAUCCUUGAAAGUAUCAGAUGGUUGUGGACCUGUUACCAGGCAACUGACCGAGGCACGUGCCUGCUAAUCGCAAACUCAUCAGCAGCAGCUACCUUGUACAGAAGACCACUGCUUAAAUAAGGUCAGAAAGAGUCUUAUAUCUUUGAAUCUGUGCUUCAGAGUGAACAUCAAGGGAUUAUGAAUAGAAAAAAACAGUUGAAGAGUCCUUCAACAUUGUGUAAACAUGUACAGAGUAUGACUUCUGUGUUCAUUUGUAAAUAUUGCAUAAUUAUACUCUUCCCAUAAGAAAGGGCUUGAAUACAGACUUAUUCUGAGAGAGGAUUAAGCACACUACUAGCAAACAGUAAUACCUUUGUUGUAUCAUUUCUAAUUAGGAAGAGAAACAGAUGAUCAGCAACAAAGCCCAAUUGUGAAAAUGUGUGGACAUCAUUCAUUGGCGUGUUGUUUAUCAGACAUGUAAAUGCAUAACGUUUAACCUUUA